AUGUCUGCCCUCCCUGUCUAUGAGCCUCGCAGAAACGGCGAAAUCUUCCACGUCAUAUGCUGCAUUCAAUACUGUGGCUCCAAAGCAUUCACACUGGUCGAGUCCUGGAACCCGAAUAACUUCAAUGCCAGGAAUCAGCUUCGCGACGAUCUGCGCAUACUAAAACUGCCCCUAAUCAAAGCCGAGAACGUGCAAAGAUGCCAGAACCACGGUUGCGGCUUGGAACUGUGCUGGCGUAAUCAGAGAUACGCAACUCCAUUCCACAAGAAGCUGGAGAGCGCGUUCGCUCGGUUAUCUAGCACCCCUAACUUGAUCGUGCCCGCGGAAACCCUAAGCUUCCAGCUGUUCUACCUGCCUGUCAAACACGCGGCCCUUACCCCUUCAUGGAACCCAAAAUGGACUGUUCGCACUUCGCUCUUCGGGCAAGCCCGCCAUCUGAGUCCCUCCUUCGAAGGAGAAUCCCCCGCAGCGUCAGAAUACGAAGCAGAAUCUAUGUACGAAACGAGUCCCGUACCGGCCCUACCAAUCACGCCGCAGUCGCCGUAUAUGCCAGCCACGGGGCCUCCCUCGACAGUCACGCACGCACCUCCACCUACCGGGUCCAACGCAGGCUGGAAAUACACCAGUGGCUGGCCAGACUAUACACCAUCAUCACCGUCGUGCGGAUGGGGCGGAGGUUAUGGGAUCAAGCCCGCAAUGUACACUGACCCCAGACUCGUCACAUCUCCCUACGCGCCGGCUACUCCCAUCACGAGGUCGCCUGUGAGCGAGGCGCGAUCGUACACGAGCGAAGCGCAAUCGCUCGUGAGCGAAGCACAAUCAGCCGCGAGAGAAUCGCAAUCACCGGUGUAUUCAGUAGUCCUUUCUGUCGCAUCUCCACAGAGUCCAGCUUCUACCCGUUCCAGGUCGCCGAUAUCGGACACUUCGGAAACUCUAGCCUCCGUCUGCCUGUCCGAAUUCAUGUAUGACUUUGCUACGGGAACCAACUACGAGACCAGGAGAAAGGCGUUCGAAGAAGCGACGGAGUCUCUCUUCGACGCAGAACCGCAACAUCGGCCCUCUGGUCAAAAUGUCCCCUUCAUAGAUAUGCGCCGGGCAGCGAUCAAAGCCCUCUGUGCUCGGGCCGAAUGUGCAACUGAACUUGAGGUUCAAUUACAAGAGGCGAUCGUGACAAGACGCGAAGCGGAGGUACUACAUACUAGGGACGUCGUGGCGGCCAACACCCGGGCUCAGGAACUCGCUGUUGUGAGCUUGGAAUUCAACAGACGCUACGAUAUCUUGGAGAACGAACACGAGCAGACGAAGACCGCGCUCGCUGAGCUCGAAGAGGAGAAUGGGCGCCUGUCGGGCCAGGUCGAAUCGCUCGAGCAAGACCUGUCCAAGACGCAAGCUCAGCGUGCGACCCUUCAUGCCGCGUGGAAAACCAACAAAACGAAAGUCCAGGAUCUAGCAUCGCAGCUCGCCGCCGCCGAGGACAAGAUCUCGAAGCAGCAAGUCGCACUCUCCGCAGCCACAGUGCGCAGCGGGCGCCUACAGAACGACCUGGCAAGCGCAGAAGAGGAGAGGCGGAAAGAGGAAGUCGUUUCUGCCCGGGAGCGAGAGCGUUGGCGGGCUGAGAAGGCUCAGAUGUCCGCUGAGUUGCGGGCAUUGCGGGCGGAGAGGGCUAGAACUGUCGUUGUCCCCGCUUUGAUGGACGCGUUGCUCCAGAUCAACGAUCUGCUACGGGUGGGAACAGAUUGA